GCCACGUGACUUCUACGUGCCGCCGGCAAUGUGACCACGGUGGGAUGUCGGUGCAGCCGCAGGCGGUUCCGUGGUACACGUUGAGCGUGAUCCGGGAAGCCACGGUUCUGCCACCGGAGCAGCGCAGCAGUGAGCAGAUCGACAUCAUCCUUUCCUUCGUUCAAGAUGUGGCCUUCUUUGCUGAGCUUCCACAACCUCAGAGACGUCACCUUUGUCAGGUCAUCAGUCUGGAAACCUUCCCCAGCAAAAGUAAGAUCUUUAACAUGGGUGACCAUGGCGACAAAUACUACAUCAUUUUGACUGGAGCUGUGAGUGUCCAGACGCUGGUGCCAACGCUUGGCAAAGAUGACGAGGAGACCAUGGAGAUGGACACCGUUGCGCAUUUGAAGGAGGGUCACGGCUUUGGUGAGCCACUUGGGCGAAGGUUAGCUCUUCAAGACUCUACGCUUCGACAAGCGACGGUCACCACGACCGACUACACGGAGUUUUUGAUCACCACCCGCGACCACUACCAGCAGUUCGCCUCCGCAGAGCAUCGGAAAUUCGUGGCGGCGCGGGCGCGCUUCCUGCGGCAGUGCCCCCGAAUGAUGCGUGCGAUCCAAGCAUCCGAAGCCACUGAGCAGGAAGUCAAGGUCAUGGCGCAGUGUCUGCGGGAGAAGUCCUUGCGCGGGCAAGAUUUGCUGUGCAAGCAGGGCGAAGCGGUGGAAUUUAUGGUUUUGGUGCGGUCGGGUUUCCUCAUGAAGUUGCACGCUGUCGAGGUUGAUCGAGACCGCACAGAGCCCUCUCCCAACAGCUCCAAGCUACCCAGUGGAACCAGUCGUGCAACUGUCUCGCCUAGCAGAGCUACGGCUGCUACGGACGUCUCGGGUAGUCGGAGCCCGCCAGGCCUGAAGCUGCUGCACCAUGGAUCGCUUCCGGCCUUCAGCCUCUACGGCUGCUGGGAGUUGGCCGAGGAAGCCACAUGGCCCUUCAGUCUGGUGGCGGAAUGCACAGCUGAGAUCUAUAUCAUUCAAAAGCAGGACAUGAUGAGGGCGAUCGCCAAGAAACUCCUCGCUGCCUUGAUCGAGAUCUCUCAGGAGAUGCAGUACAGCGACGCAUGGCUUCUGCAGAUGAACCGCCAAACUGAACGUUGGGAUGCUUACAAGCAUGACAUCGCGCUACGAGUCAAUGGCGACAGGCAGGAUGGAGAGGAAAGGUUGGGCUUGAAGGACAGCGCCUUCAAAGUCCCAAAUGUGGUGCUGACCCAAAGAGAGGAAGAGUUUUACAGCGACUCACCGGCCCAGCAGCUGCGGCGCUUGAAGGCUUUGAGAAAGGACAAGCAGCUCCAAAAGAGAUUGCACCGCGCUGCGCCGGGCAAUCUGGCGGACGUGGCAACGACCGCGGCGACCUACCUGACCCUGGGCGAUUUCAGUACCAAAAUGUACGCCAAGCCGCGAGAGGAUUGGGACCCUUCCAUUUUCUUCGUCAAGCACUGGUCUGCCAUCUCCAGCGACAAGAACUCCAGUCUGGCGAUCGACCUGACUUCGGACGUGGGCGACAGCCCCGCCAGCCCCGCCAGCAGCCCCCGCGGGCGACGCCGCUCCUUGCUCUCGGCGCCAGAGGCGGAAAUCGCCGUGCCAGGACCCCCGCCACCGCGGUGCAAAAACCGAACACCGCGGCCGCCGCGGCCGCCGCGGCCGCCGGUGCGGCGCCCGCGGGCACCAUCAAUGCCGAAGCGGAAGGUGUGGGUGCAGCGGAGCAAGUCGCCCCCUCCGCCCCUGGUGUCGCCGGGGGACCUCCGGAGAGCACAACGGGCCCAGCGAUUGGAGCCGUUGAGAUGAAACCUAUGUGGGAAAACAAUGGAAAACAACUAGGUAAAUUGGUG